AUGGCUAACUCGUUUACCUCUACGGGCGCUGCCGCUUCGCGUGCAAUUAUGCCAGAGCCGUUCACCACACCCCUCGAGUUCAAUCAGCCGGAGCCAUUCUACGAAAAGACAGAAGCAAAGUACAAAGAUAUGCUUGACAUUGCCCGUCAGGCAUCCGAAAAAGCCCUCCAGACGUACCGGGAGCUCUCUCAAGGCAACACUCCUGGGUGUUCCCGCCGUCAGCGUGCUCUUGAUACGGUCGAAUCCGCAAUUGCCGUCCUUCAAACCCAAAGAGAUGAGGCCGAUGUCCACGUACAAUCACUUACGGCCACAGUGGCUGAAAGAGCCGCACAACGCAAUCUAACAGACGAAGAUGUGGGAAUUCUUCAGACUGAUAUCCGCAACUGGACGAGGGAGCGGACCAAGCAGGAACUCCUAUUGGAUUCGGCGAAUAAGCAGAGAAACUCAGCGAUCGAGCAGCUAUGCGAAAUCCAUUGGAACAAAUGCCAGAGGAUCCUGAAAAUGCUGCUCUGCGUACCCAUCACCCAGAAGCGCAGCUACAGGCCCAGCCAGGGCAGUUGGAGGAAGAACGUGCUGCAUUACUACGAUGCUGUGAGGAAGGUCUCAUACCCUGAUUUCAUGGAGCGUCGGGAGCAGAUCUGGGAUCCUGUCAUGCAUUGCUGGGCUCCCGGCGAAGUCAUGAAAGCGGCGAACAUUCUACCGUACGGCAUGUCGAAUGAGGUACUGCGUAUGAUCUUCGGAGAAGAGGAGGAAGCAGAGAUCCUAUUCGAUAUGCGCAAUUGCCUUUUCCUAUGCGAACCCAUGGAGCUUGCCUUCGACGAGGGCAUAUUUGUUCUUGUACCGGUUGGUGAGAGCAACCAGGAAAGCCCCACCGACUAUAAGCUGGUGCUGUUGAAGGAGUCGCUCCGUACAGCGAGGGUUACACAUCCGGGCGAAAUGACUUGGAAUGAUCUCGAUGGAACCGUUCUCGAGUUCAGAAACGACUGCCGCCCUCGCGAAAAAUUCAUGUACUUGAACUUCGUCUCCCGGAUUAUCGCUGCAAGGAAGUUGCGCUACAGUUACCCCUUCCGUAUGCAUCUAGAGAAUAUCAGCAGAGCGUGGGUCUCUCCCGGAAAGUGGAUCCGGAGGAGCAUGAUCUACGAGGUGGCCAGGAUCGUUGAUGACCAUCAAAUACCGGAAAUUUUUCAAGAGGGAACCUUCGAUGGCGAAGAUGGCCGUGAUAACCCCAGAAAUGAUAGAUUAUCGAGGGCGGCGGGAAGUUGGGUUACAGAAAUAUUUUUUCGGGAGCUGUUUGAGAGAGAUCUGGAAGAGGAGGAAGAGGAUGAGGAAGGGGAAUACUUUGAUUAG